GAUACACAGUUCACUCCAAACUGAGUGACAUUGUGCAUUCGCCUCCAUUUCAAUCAAAGUUCUUUUCUUUAUGGCCCCUAGAAUCCUACUCUGCGGCGACGUUUUCGGUCGCCUUAAUCAGCUCUUCAAACGCGUCUCAUCGGUGAACAAAUCGGCCGGCCCAUUCGACGCCCUCUUGUGCGUCGGCCAAUUCUUCCCUGACUCGCCGGAGCUGCUUGAUGAUUUCAUGUCAUACAUUGAAGGCGGGUCCCACAUUCCCCUCCCAACGUACUUCAUCGGCGACUACGGAGUCGCCGCCCCUAAAGUUUUGAUGGCGGCUACUAAGGAUUCUGCCAACCGUGGUUUCAAGAUGGAUGGUUUCAAGGUUUGCGAUAAUUUGUAUUGGUUGAAAGGCAGUGGCAAGUUCAACCUCUUCGGGUUAUCUGUUACCUACUUAUCUGGUAGGAAAUCGUUAAUAGUUCAGCAGUUUGGAACUUUUAGUGAAGAUGAUGUUGAUGCACUGCGUGCGAUAGCCGAGGAACCUGGAGUUGUUGAUUUGUUCUUGACUAAUGAAUGGCCAAGUGGGGUUACGAAUGGAGCAGCGGCUUCAGACAUUCCUGCUGAAUUCUCGGAAUCUAGUGGCAGCGAUUCAACCAUAUCGGAGUUAGUACAAGAGAUUAAACCACGCUAUCAUAUUGCAGGUUCUAAAGGUAUAUACUAUUCCCGCGAACCAUAUUCCAAUGUUGAUGCCAUGCACAUUACCCGUUUCAUUGGGCUUGCAUCUGUUGGAAAUAAAGAUAAGCAGAAAUUUAUUCAUGCAAUUUCUCCAACACCCGCAUCCACCAUGUCUUCAACGGAGAUUGCCAUGAAAACCACAAAUACCACCUUAUCACCAUACACGUCUACGAAGGAAAACGCUUCUCCUAAUGACACCGCAAAGAGAUCUGCUGACUCUGAUUCUCAACAUUGGAGAUAUGAUGUUUCGCAAAAACGACAGAAACAUGAAGCUGGAGAUAAGUUAUGUUUCAAAUUUGUAUCUUCUGGCUCUUGUCUACGGGGAGACACAUGCAAUUUCCGACAUGACACAGAUGCAAGGGAGCACUGUUUGAGAGGUGUUUGUUUUGAUUUUUUGAACAAGGGAAAAUGUGAAAGGGGUCCAGAUUGCCGCUUUAGGCACAGCUUGCAGGAUGAAGGUGAUAAGCAUCCUUCAAGGAAGCCUGGAUCAGAAUAUACAAGGUCUAGCAGAUCAAGAGAAUGCUGGUUUUGCUUGUCAAGCCCCAGUGUGGAGUCACAUUUAAUCAUAAGCAUUGGGGAAAAUUACUAUCUAGCACUGGCUAAAGGUCCACUUGUUGAAGAUCAUGUGCUGAUAGUACCUGUUGAGCAUAUGCCAAAUACUUUAUCUUUGUCUUCUGAAUCUGAAGCCGAGCUCUUACGAUUUCAGAACAGUCUCAAGAGAUGUUUCAAGAACCAAGAAAAGGAAGUCAUAUUUUUUGAGUGGGCUUCCAUACGCGGCACUCAUGCCAAUCUUCAGGCCAUUCCCAUUCCAUCUUCCAAAGCAGUUAUGAUUGAAAAAGCAUUCAAUUUAGCUGCACAAAAGUUGGGAUUUGAAUUUGUGGUAAAGAAAUUCGAUAGCAUUUCUGAUGGAAGGAAGUUUUUGAAGACACAAACUGACGGGAAUUUAAGCUUGUUCUAUGCUGAAAUCCCAGGAGGCACAAUUCUGCUGCACCAUGUUGAGGAGAAAGACACGUUUCCUGCCCAGUUUGGGCGUGAGGUUCUGGCGGGGUUGCUUAAUAUGGCAGAUAAUGCAGAUUGGAGGAAUCACAAACAUAACAAAGAUGAUGAGAUGAAAAUCGUUGAAGGUUUCAAGGACCGGUUUCAAGAAUAUGAUCCAAACCAUUGAUUGAUCAUACAUUAAAUUCUCAAUUUACAGUGAUCCCAUGAUGAUUAUGUUGACUCACGCAAGCAGGAUUUCAAACUGAGAGGUGUAUAUUUGUUUAAAUGUUCAAUCAGCACUUUCCUGUCGCAUGAUUAUUGGGAUCAACUGAUUUUACAUGAUUUAACCCCAUGAAUUGGUGCUGGAAUGCAACUUGAUAGUCCUACAGGAUUUCAACCGGUCCCUUUUUGCAGCGGUUUCUGUGGGGAGUUUCACUUUCCAUUCAAAUGGACUUCUUGGAGCUUGUAUCUCUAAGUCUGAAUGGCAAUUUUUGUGACUACAUAAGCACAUGUGUAGACGCCUCAACUGUUGGUAUUGGCAUUCUAAAUAUUUUCCAGACUGUGAAUGACCAGGCUGAAGUGACUGUCAUAUAGGCUUUAUGCGUUGGUCAAUGGUCAACCAGCAUUAGCCGUCACAUUCAUGUUUUGAAAAAGUCGGGUUUGGACAGGCAUUAUGUAAUUUAAGAUAUUCAUUCAUAUUUAAUGAAUCACUAUCCUUUUAAUCAAUGUUAAGAUAAAAGAUACUCUUGAAUUUGCCUAGGGUGACACAUUUGUAUCAUCUCGUAGUCGGGCUUCAACCUAUUUAUGGAAAUUCAACUCUGUAGAA